AACUUCCAACAAGUGCAGACAGACGGAGAGACGGCGAGUCUGAAAGGCCGAGCGACAGAGGGGGACCGACAAACCGCUGCACCACACACUCCAAACAAGAAGGAUUGUUUUCAGGGGGAACAUCCGGAACCACAACCCGUCUACUUUUCUCCAUCACCUCCUCCUCUCACAGCUCCAUGCUUUGUUUUGGGAUUUGGGAUCCAAAUCCGUCACAUUCCCCUCUCAGUCUGUCAGGCUUCUCUCAUCCUGUAAAUUUUGAGUUACAGAUUUGUUCCAGAACUUUAGAACCCAUCAAACUGAAACAGACGUUUGCAGAAUUCCUGUUGGACUAAAUCAAUCAAACGGAACCUCUGAACCCACCUCAGGUUCUGGGAUGAAUUUAUCAGAGUCCAGCUUGUGCCAAGAGACUCUUCUGUGCUCCAGUCGGGUGUCCCUCAGGGAUCCCUGGACAUCUGGGACCCCGAGUUCUGCCUCUGACUCGGAAAUGGGUUUUGAGCAGAAUCUGUCGGAAGACUGCAGAUCACCUGAUGGCCUCAGGCUCGGACCCGGGACCAUGAGCGCAGCAGAAGCGAGGAUCGGUUCCUGUCAAGGCGUUUUAGGGGGUCAGAGUGUGGAUCUGGACCGAGCAGGAGGUGUGUCUGCGGGAACGGGUGCUGACGGGAAGAACACCGGCGGCGAGCAGAAGAUCCGCAGGCCCAUGAAUGCCUUCAUGGUCUGGGCUAAAGAUGAGAGGAAACGGCUGGCUCUGCAGAACCCUGACCUGCAUAACGCCGUCCUCAGCAAGAUGCUCGGUCAGUCAUGGAAGGCCUUGAGCACUGUAGAGAAGCGUCCAUUUGUGGAGGAAGCAGAGCGUCUGCGUGUCCAGCACCUCCAGGAUCACCCCAACUAUAAAUACCGUCCACGGCGCAAGAAGACCACUAAAAAGCUCAAGCGUGUCGAAGCUGGGGUUCUGCUCCACAGCCUAUCCCAGGGAGGAGCAGCCGGCUUCGGAUUAGGGCCUGGGGUCAACCAGUUGGGUGUUGAAAGGGCCUCUGGAGGAUCCACUUAUGGGCAGUCAGGAGGUACUCACCCUCCACACCACCAUCACCCUCACCACUUGCUGCCUCCUCUGGGUCACUUCAGAGAGCUGCAGGCCUCUGGAAAUCCAGAGAUGGAAAGCUAUGGCUUACCCACUCCAGAGAUGUCUCCUCUGGAUGUUCUGGAAGAUGGAGGCAGGGAGUCUAUGUUUUUUCCUCAGCAUAUCCAAGAGGAUGCUGGAAUAGGAGGUUGGAGUGGAUACCACCACCAUCCUUACCCUCAUAACCGUCAUUACAGCCACCACUACAACAACCACAGUCACCAGACCUCCAUACAUGGGCCAGCAGCUCAGAGUCACUCUUCAAAAAUGCACAUCUGUGACACUUUAGGGUCCAGUAUGAAUUCUAGUCCAGGUGUAAGCUCCAGAAUUGACAGCCGAAUGAGUUCUCUUGACAUGACUUCUACCAUGAGUUGUAAUCCUUCGAGUCUGAACUCAGAUAACUCCAGGUUGAAUCCUGCUCACAUUGCCUUAAGUUCUCCUGUGAAGUGCCCAGUGCCUUUUCCCAACUCCUCUUCUCCUCUUUCCUACCCUCAGCCUGCCAUCAACCACUUUGAACCCAUCAAAAACCACCAAUCACCCCUGACUACCCCACACGUCGGCUACUUCAGCCAGCUGUGCGCGAGUCGGACCACAAACCCUGCACACUUCACAUCAUCUCACCUGGGACAGCUUUCACCUCCUCCUGAAAGUUCUCCCUCAUCCUGCACAUCCUCCUCCAUCCCAACAUCAACCUUCCUUUCUCCUGUGCACUUAGACUCUUCAAAUCCAGAAUCCUCCAGCCAUUUAGGAUCUUCUUCUGCUGAGUUUUGGUCUGAAGUGGACAGACAUGAAUUUGAUCAGUAUGUCAAUGAUCGGAAUCGAGAGGAGGUCUACGGGCUGGGCGGGGGCUGUGGAGGCAGGUAUAAAGUCCUGGGUGUGUGUGGGAGCAGUAGCAUAGCUAGUAGCAUUAAUAGCACUGUUAUUAAUAGGGAUGUCACCAGCAUUAUGAGCAUUUGUAGCGGGUCUGAAGAUGUUAGUAGUCCUCUUAUAUCAGCUCUGUCUGAUGCCAGCAGUGCCGUCUAUUACAGUGCCUGUAUCACUGGAUAAAGUCUUCUCUCUUUUAUUCCAGAUCCAGUUUGGUUGAUCUCAUGUGGAGUAACCCCACCUAGCAGUCAUCGUUAAUUCUUACUUUUCUCUCAAAUGAUGCUAAAAUAGUAUAAAUUAUAUAUUUUUA